CGUACUGAGCAGGAGUGAGGUCAGGGCAGGGACGUUGUGUGUUGAAUUCGUCCUAUGACAGUUAGAUGAUGAAUCAUGAUUCUCCAAUAUGUUAGACCGGUGGUCUCGCUCAUUCGGAACAGAGGUGUGAAUGCCGCCGUUUCCAGAUUAUAUCAUGCAGACAAAGUUGCAACGGUGGGCUCUCGGGCGGACGUUCACUCUCCGGUCUUUCAGGAGAAUUACGAACGAAUGCAAGCUCUGGUUGAAGAGUUGAAGGACAGAGCGAAGAAGAUCAAACUCGGCGGCGGAGAAAAAGCAAGAACCCUACACACAUCCAGAGGGAAGCUCCUGCCUCGAGAACGCAUUGACAGACUGUUGGAUCCUGGAUCUCCCUUUCUUGAGUUCUCCCAGUUUGCUGGGUAUCAGUUGUAUGGUAAAGAGGAGGUCCCUGCAGGAGGCAUUAUCACUGGAAUCGGUCGAGUGUCAGGGGUAGAAUGUGUUAUAGUUGCAAAUGAUGCUACUGUGAAAGGCGGUACCUAUUAUCCAAUUACUGUCAAGAAGCAUCUUCGUGCCCAAGAGAUUGCACAGCAAAACCAUUUGCCAUGCAUAUACCUUGUGGAUUCUGGAGGAGCCAAUUUACCCAGACAGGCAGAUGUGUUCCCAGACAGAGAUCACUUUGGGCGCAUCUUCUUCAACCAGGCCCGUCUUUCCUCAGAGGGGAUUGCACAGGUUGCUGUUGUAAUGGGCUCCUGUACCGCAGGUGGAGCCUAUGUCCCUGCGAUGGCUGAUGAAAGCAUCAUAGUACGCAAACAAGGGACCAUUUUUCUUGGUGGACCACCACUCGUGAAAGCUGCUACAGGUGAAGAGGUGUCUGCUGAAGACCUAGGUGGUGCAGACCUUCACUGCAGAAAAUCAGGGGUGACUGAUCAUUAUGCCUUGGAUGACAACCAUGCCCUUCAUCUAGCACGGAAAGUGGUUCGAAGUCUGAACUACAAGAAAACGCUUGAUGUUACUGUAGAAGCUCCAGUGGCACCCCUGUAUCCUGCUGAUGAACUCUAUGGUAUUGUGGGCGACAACCUUAAACGCAACUUUGACAUUCGAGAGGUUAUCGCACGUAUUGUAGAUGGCAGUACAUUUGAUGAGUUCAAGGCAUUUUAUGGAGACACGCUUGUCACAGGUUUUGCUCGAAUAUUUGGCUACCCUGUUGGAAUUAUUGGCAAUAACGGUGUUCUGUUCUCAGAAUCUGCAAAGAAGGGAACUCAUUUCAUUGAGCUUUGCUGUCAGAGAAACAUUCCACUCCUUUUCCUGCAAAACAUUACAGGCUUCAUGGUUGGCAGGGAGUAUGAGGCUGGAGGUAUUGCUAAAGAUGGAGCUAAAAUGGUGACCGCUGUGGCCUGUGCCAAUGUGCCUAAGAUUACUGUAAUCAUUGGCGGAUCAUAUGGUGCAGGGAACUACGGCAUGUGUGGCAGAGCAUAUAGCCCUAGGUUCCUGUACAUGUGGCCUAACUCACGCAUCUCUGUGAUGGGAGGAGAGCAGGCAGCCACUGUGCUUGCCACUAUAACCAAGGAUCAAAAAGCCAGAGAAGGAAAGGAGUUUACUGCAGAGCAGGAGGCUGCAAUGAAAGAGCCAAUUAUUAAACGCUUUGAGGAGGAAGGAAGUCCAUAUUACUCCAGUGCCAGAUUGUGGGAUGAUGGGAUCAUUGACCCUGCCGAUACUCGCCUUGUCCUGGGCUUGAGUCUGAGUUCUGCUCUUAACGCCCCUACACAGAAAACCCGUUUUGGUGUCUUCAGAAUGUAAAUGUGAAUUAAAUGUGUAGAAUUCCUUUUGUCUUGUGGGCAGUACAUACUAACUUUAUAGACUGUUUUUUUUUUAUGUGUGACAAUACAGUAAAACUUGUAAAAACCA